AUGCAAAAAUCACAAAUCUACCUUGAUCUCAAAUAUGACUCGGGUGCUAAAACAUACCAAUGGGCCGACAAUACCGAUGUCUCACAAUAUAGGCAUUUCGAUGACAAGGCUAAGCUGGACGGGUCCCUAAAAUAUGUUACCGUUCCCACCGGUAAUGACUUUAAAAUGACCUGGAUGACCACUAAUGAUCAACAGGAGAACUUGAUUGUUUGCCAAAAGAACCCGGUUACCCUAGAUCUCCAUGAAGCACCUACAUGUCCAAAAGGGUGGACAGUCCUACCAUCGGGCAAAUGCUACUAUAAUACCCGUAUAAUAGCGGAGUCCGUAAAUGAGGCAGCACAAUUUUGCCACUCAUUUGACACCAACUCAACCCUUCUAGUGAUACACAAUAAGGCCGAGUGGGAUGAGCUUGGUAACCUAUUCAAAAAUGUGCCUGACCUCCUAAACGUAUACAUCGCACUCAAAUGGGACGGUAGUCAAUACAAAUGGGACGACAGCACCGGUAUUGAACACUACCACCACUGGAAUGACACUGCCAAAAUUGACCCUGAUAAAUGGAUUUAUAAGUGA